GCCACCGCCCUCCGCGUGGAUGGCUCCGAUGUGGCAGAUCUACGUGCAGAGGAAAGGAAGGAGCUUCUGCAGAGGCGUACCUGUGGCCUCCAGCGCCUGCGGGAGACGCAGCAGAAGUGGCGGCGGGAGCACCGCGCCUGGAAGCAAAAGCAGCGGCACGAGAGCCCAGAG